UAGAACAUGUUAAAACAUUAUAUUAGUACACAUAUAUAGAAAUACUGAAAGGUACAUUUGACCCAGGGAUUAUGUAAUAAGGAAAAGAUUUGUAGAGAGUUUCCAAGAUGGAGUAUCCAGCAUCAGGACAGUCUCCUAAUGCUGCAACAAUAAGUGGUGAAGCUGCAGCGAUGUUGAACACUUUCUGGCCUGAUGCAAUGAAAGAGAUCAGAGAUUUGAAGAAUGAUGAUUUCAAACAACAGAUACUGCCAUUGGCAAGAAUUAAAAAGAUCAUGAAAUUAGAUGAAGAUGUAAAGAUGAUAAGUGCAGAAGCUCCAGUAUUAUUUGCCAAAGCUGCAGAGAUAUUUAUUAGUGAGCUCUCAUUAAGAGCCUGGAUACACACUGAGGACAAUAAAAGAAGAACAUUACAGAGAAAUGAUAUAGCAAUGGCUAUUUCAAAGUUUGACCAGUUUGAUUUCCUGAUAGAUAUUGUACCUAGAGAUGAACUUAAACCUACAAAACGAACGGAAGACACAUCAAGAGCUAACAACAUGUUGCCAGAACAAAUACAGUAUUAUCUACAGCUAGCUCAGCAACAGGCACAGCAAGCACAACAAGCUCAACAACAGCAACAACAAACAACACAAGCCACACAGCAAGUCACAACACAAGUGACACAGCCAACACAGAUACAACUGCCAGGUGGACAAAUACAGAAUGUUAUACAGCAACCAGCCUACCAAAUACAAACAGCUUCUAAUACUCUUCAGCAACAACCACAGGUGAUACAGAUCCAAGCUCCCUCUGUACCACAGCAAGCACAGGUACAAACUGUGACAAGCAACCAGCCCACCAUUCAACAAGUCCAGGUUCAACAACAACAACAGCAGCAACCCCAACAACAAACACAGGUCUAUCAGCAAGUAAUAACAGCUAACGGAGAAGUACAAAAUGUUCCAAUACAAUUAACACCAGCACAGCUACAAGCAAUACAGAUGCAGUUACAAGGGAAACAAACCAAUCAAAAUGUUAUUAUUCAGCAAGGGGCACAACCAGCUGUUCAAACAGUGUCAGCAGAUUCUCAGUUUAAUCAGCAAAUGUUCCAAAUUCAACAGCUUCCUGGACAGAGUGGACAGCAGAUUUAUAUACAGCAAUCUGAUGACCAAACAGAUGGAGCACAAGAUGUGUCAUAGCUUUAGUGACAAAUAUUUUAAUCAUCAAAUCAUGGUACAUUGUUUAACUGCCAUAAUUGGUUUACAUUUUCUACAUUAACAUUCAAACCAUGUUUCAAGCCAAAGCUUUAUUUAUUUUGCAUUGUUCAGUUCAUAAAUAGGACCAUUGAUUCCAGGAAGAAAGUCUGAGCCAUAUAUGUAUAUAUAAACAUAAGUCUAGCUUAGAAAUUUUCUUAAAUUGCCUGCUGGAAACAGUUAUUGUGGGAAUCCUGAGCUUUAUGGCAAAGAAUACAUAAUUGUUAUUGAAAUUGUGUUCAAAGCAGGCUGGUUUGUAUCAGUUUGUAAUCCUUAUAUUUUUCAGAUAUGAAUUUGAAAGAAUAUCAUGUAAAUUUCACAUAAAAGAUUUCAUUGGGAAUAACAUAAAGAAUAAAAUUCACAUGAGAAAAUUUUACAUAGAUAUCCUUAAAACUUCAGGUUCCAAUUUUAAGUUAAAUUCAAUAAGUUAAAUACACUUAUAGAAAAAUGUAUCAACCCCCAAAAGUUACAUUAUAGUAACAUAUAGUUUAUGCAGUUCUCAAUGUGAGAUAGCAUUCAUAUCAUUUUAGAAUUUUGAUGUGUUUGGAAAUUUGCCUGAGCACAGUUUGAUAAAAGAAACUCAAAUUAUCAAGUAUAAUUCUAAUAAUUCUCUCACAUAUUCCUUAAUUACUUUUUAAAUAUCACAUAUGAAAUAAACAACUGUCAGAUGGGGCUAAAUUGCAAUCAUCUUGUCCAUCCUUGUCAGACAUGUAUUUUCGUCACACUUUUCCCCAAGAAACUACUAUUAAAAUAGAAUAAAUUUACAUUGGGUCAGCAGCUUUAAAGAGAUGAGUUGUAAAUCGUAGCACUUUUUGGAUCUGUCAGAUAUAUGCUUCCUUUUUGCCGAUACUUUUCCAAAAUGUUUAAUGAACUUAAAUUUAAGUUGUACAUUUCUCCAAUACUACUGACCAGAAUGCCUUCAUAUUCUGUCGGCAGCUCAACCUUGAAUGAGUUGUAACAUGUUAGGUAUUUUGAGAAAUGUCAGACACAUACUUACUGUUUUUUAUACACUUUGAAUUACAAGUGAGGGUAUGCCAUAGCACAAAAAUGUGUGCAUUUUUGUUAAUUCACUGAAAUAUUCUUGUUGUUUUGUAAUAUAUCAAAAGUAAUUUAACAAUGCUUUCGCAGUAACAGCAAUUUAAAGGGAAAAUUACAAAUAACUUUUUCAACAUUCUUCUAAAUAUAAUAAAUACUGAAUUUAUUAUGGAAAUAUGACUUACCACUCAUAGUUCUGUAUAGCAGAGAAUCAAAACAUAACAAUAGAUUAGUUAUACCUGUUAUGUAAUAUUUUAAAAAAGAAAGAAAAAGGGAAAAUCUACAUUUUUUUACCCCUUAAUACAAAUCUUUUGUUAACACAGACAUUUCUUUUUCUUUAAUGGCCUAUAUAGCUAAGAGGCAUGUUCUAAUAGGAAAAUGGAAACAAAAAAUAAACGCCCAUUUAUGUUGUUGAAAUGGAGAGUAGAUAGGAUUGUGAAUUAAUUGUAUAGAAUAUAAAUUAUUAUUAUAAUGUCAUACAAAUUUUUGUUUUUGCAUCUUUAACAAUGACUUUUAUUGUGCAGUUACUGUAUUGUGUUCAGACGGCUGUAGCAUUUUUUUUGAAAGUUUACACAUGUUUACUUGUAUACACAUGAUAACUUGUAAAAAGAUUCAGAUUCAGAUUCAAUAUUUUAUUAUAAAUGAUAUUUAUGAUUAAUGUUAAUUCAACAUAAGAUUCCAAAUUAUCAACAUAUAUUUUUAGGUCAAAUUAGAGAGUUGGAUUUUCUUGUAUAUUUUAAACUAAUGCUCUCCUCAGAAAUUAUGUGUCAAAUAACAAUGCUAUGGAAUUACUUGAUAUUCAAAAUACAUUUAUUUUUGAGUAAAUUAAUCAUAAAAUUAUAAGAAUUUCACAAAAUUUAAAAGCUUAUUUAAUACUCUUGAUUCCAAUCGUUAUCUUUCCGUCAAAGAGUUUGGUUUUAGGUGACGUCAUUUGUGCGUUUGUUGGGCAUAAAAUCUACGUCAGUACGUUGAGCUAAGAGAUGAAUAUUCCAAUGGGAAUAACUUCCUUAUGACUGCCUCGAUAACUGAUUUUAAAUGAUGAAAUUAUAUAUAACUUUAGGCAGGGUUGGAUUAUGUACAUAAGAAUAGACGAGUGUUUGAAAAAUGUCAAGCAGUCACAAUUACUUUAUCAGUUCAAAGAUGCAGGGAUUCAGUUAGCCCUUAAAACGUUUAAAUGACGUGAGAAAUCAGAGUAUAGUAAAAGAGUAUUUAUGGUUAUGGAAAUGAUAUGGAUCAAACGUAUUUACUAGAUAAAAAUUCUCCAGUUUCUUACAACAAACCAAUUUGAAAUCCAGGUCAUACCUUAUACAAAUACUUUAGAUAUUCUGCACACACCAUUAGUUUCAGAUCAAUGAAUGCUACCGUUUUUAUUUUUUUAUUUUAUUGAACAAAAAUAUCUGCUUCUCCUUAUUUAUUGUCAUUUUCUGAACUUGGUCCUUAUUAUAUUUCACUUAAAGUGGUACGUCAUUUAGUUUCAUUUUAAUAAGCAUGUUUAUUAUUAUGUCUUGUUAUUUUAUUUAUGUUGAAAUAAAUUUUUAUUUCUUUUUUA